CAGCACCCACCAGAGCAGAGCCAUUCACCGCCAUGGAAGAAGCUCAAUCUCAAACGCCCCACGUUCUAAUGAUGCCAAGUCCGGGAAUGGGUCAUCUUAUCCCACUCAUCGAAUUUGCCAAACGGCUCGUCUUACUGCACCGUUUCACUGUCACUUUCGCCGUCCCUUCCGGCGACGCUCCUUCCAAAGCUCAAAUCUCCGUACUCAAUUCCCUACCCUCCGCUAUCGACCACAUCUUCCUCCCGCCUGCUCCAUUGAAUGACCUUCCAAGCAACACCAAAGCCGAAACCAUCAUCGUCCUUGCCGUUAGUCGCUCUCUUCCCUCUCUUCGCGACCUCUUCAAAUCCAUCGUGGCCCAACGCAACCUUGUCGCCCUCGUUGUCGACCAAUUCGGCACUGUGGCCUUCGAUGUCGCUAAGGAAUUCAGCGUCUCGCCUUACAUUUACUUUCCUUGCGCCGCCACGACUCUCUCGCUUAUUCUCCACAUGCCGAAGUUGGAUGAGUCGGUCACCGGCGAGUACAGAGACCUCACCGAACCUAUUAGACUUCCGGGGUGCACCCCAAUUCCAGGGAAGGAAUUGCCAGAUCCGUUUCUAGACAGGGAAAAUGAUUCCUACAAGUUUUUUCUCGACACCAUGAAGAGGUUUGUGUUAGCAGAGGGGAUUUUCCUCAACAGCUUUCUGGAAUUGGAGCCCAGUGCCAUAAAUGCUCUGCAAUUGAGCGGAUCCGGCAACCCCCCAAUUUACCCAGUUGGUCCAUUGGUGAAAGUUGAUUCAAGUGGGAGUGAGGAAGGGGUUGAAUGUUUGAAUUGGCUGGAUGAACAACCACAUGGGUCAGUUCUAUUCGUGUCGUUUGGAAGUGGGGGAACUCUGUCGAGUGUUCAACUGAACGAAUUGGCUUUGGGAUUGGAAAUGAGUGGGCAAAAAUUCAUAUGGGUUGUUAGAAGUCCGAGCGAUAAGGAAGCGAGUGCAUCAUUUUUCAGUGUCCAUAGCCAGGAUGAUCCAUUGAGGUACUUGCCGGAGGGGUUCGUGGAGAGAAACAGGGGAAGGGGAUUAAUGGUGCCGUCGUGGGCUCCGCAGGCACAGAUACUGAAGCAUGGUUCGACCGGGGGGUUCCUGAGCCACUGCGGGUGGAAUUCGACAUUGGAGAGCUUGGUUAGUGGGGUUCCUCUGAUUGCUUGGCCACUGUAUGCAGAACAGAGAGUGAACGCCAUCAUUUUAACAGAAGAGAUUAAGGCGGCGCUGAGGCCGAAGAUGAACGAGGAAAGUGGGAUUAUUGAGAAGGAAGAGAUAGCAAAGGUCGUGAAGUGUCUGUUUGAAGGCGAAGAGGGGAAGAAAGUGCGUGCAAAAAUGGAGGAGUUGAGAGUUGCAGGGGAAAGGGCCAUUGGAGACGGGGGGUCUUCUUCAAGAACGCUCCUGGAAGUAGUUCAGAAAUGGAGGAGCAGCAACGUUUCGGGAUAGAGAUCUUUGGAACUGGUUUCCUCAAAAUAAGAUUACCGUUUAAAUCCGUAAGUUUGUAAUGUAAAUGUCAUGUUUGUUUUCACUAAAUAAUGAACAUUAUGGUUUAAAUUAAAA